AUGUCACCUCCCGAGAUCGGCGACGAAAAGCAGUCCCGGUCCAUUGAUGACAGUCGUGGUUUCGCAGGCAUCGUAUCAUCAAGAGAGUCAAAGCAACCAUUCCCGCCUCUCCCUGCGGAUGGAUUUGCUUCAGCAAUGCACGAUGUGCCGAACAACAGCUACCCAGGGCUGGACGACUCAGACAUGCUUUCGCCUACAACCGACGAUCUUGCUGGGGAGGAGGAGGAUCCGGACUUUUACUCCAGCUAUUCUUUAGACAAUCAGUCAUUCUCAGACGCGUCAAUGGAAUCCGAUGAAGAAGCUGCCGAAGAUGGCAUCGCCAUGCAUCACCCGUUUCGCCAGUCUUCGAGUUCCCUGCACGGGCCUAAUGCUUUCGCUCCUCCGUUCUAUAACAGACCUCCGACCCCCCUACCGCCGUCACCAUCGUUGACAUCGCUUCUUCGUCCCCCUUUCUCGACUACUACCUCCCGACCGACUACCCCUGAUAGCUCCGACGUGGAAACGCCGAAUGAUACUGAGGCGGCUGUCGCGAAAUCUGCCCGUCGUGCAACCACGGUCCCUCGUGCCAGCCCGAAAGUACCGACAUAUGAGUAUUACGGCUUUGUCUUAUACCUGGCUUCAUCGCUGGCCUUCUUAAUCUAUGUACUCUGGUCCUACCUACCGUCCCCAUUCCUGCAUCAACUCGGUAUCUACUACUACCCAAAUCGGUGGUGGUCGCUCGCUAUUCCCGCAUGGCUGGUCAUGCUGAUCAUCUACAUCUAUGUCGCUCUGGCAUCUUACAACACGGGCUAUCUGACCCUACCGAUGAAUAGUAUCGAGAAUAUCGUGGAUGAUGUCGCCAAUGUAGCUGUCAUUGACGGCAAAGGGCGACGACGACCAGGCGGUGCUGCCAAGAUGAAACCUGGCGCAACAUCGUAUCAGAUAAUGGGACCGCAGAAUCGCAAGGUCAACUGGAAAGAGAUCUGGUCCGAGGGCACUGAUGCCGUUAUGGACGUGCCUGUGGGAGGAGUCUGCGAGGUAUUGUAUGGACAGGAAAGAGACGAUGGGGAAUUGAGUGACGGUCACGCUGGGUUUGCAACUGGCACAGCAGAGACGUAG